GAGUACAACUGACUUGCCAUGGGAACAAUCCCAUAGAAAUGCAAUGAGAGGACACAGGAAUUGAUGAGCGUUUCACUUUUAAGUUUCGCAAAAAGGGUACGUAACUUGGGGAGGUCACAGAAGACGAAGCUCAUUAAUGCAUUUGAAUGUUAAUUCACAGAAGCGACAGUUCUUGAACGCUUCGAAGGAUAAUCCUCUGUUAAAAAACUUCUGAGCUUAAAGCUCCUUAUAUUCUUGACAGAAGAUGUCUUCAGGUAAGAUGCCAGAAUAUACCAUGUUGACACCCCUUCCCUUGACACCUGAUGUCAUGCCGCAUGAUUUUGAGCAACUCGUCAACAUGGGUUUCACCCUCCCCUGUGAAUUAGUUCCUCACUACUCAUUCGUUAACAUGAUGCCUCCACUCGGUCCCACAAUGAUCCUAGAAAGUGGCUCAAGUGGGGGUGGACCAGCGUCUGACCCUCCAGUUACCCCGAGGAACUUAACCAGUCCUGAAAUGGAUGAACACGAAGAAGACGAUGACGAUGAUGAUGAUAGAGUUGGGAUUUCUGGCUGUAGCAAUCAAAGCCAAGGAGACGCGGAACAUGACAUGAAUGACAUGAAAGCAGAUAAAGACCCUUUCGCACCGCAAUGCAAAAUACCUCUUCCGACGCCAUUUUCACCUUACGAGUAUUGGCUUGAACCAUCUUUUAUACGGAGAAGAAACGAAAGGGAGAGGCAAAGAGUAAGAAAUGUCAACGAUGGUUUUGAAAGGUUAAAAAGUCACAUCCCUUUAAAUGCAAAGGACAAAGACAAAAGACUUUCUAAAGUUGAGAUCUUGAGAAUGGCAAUCAGGUAUAUUCGGAAUUUACAAGAUAUGCUCAAGAAUGAUGGUAUGGAUGAUAGCAAAGAAAAUAUGGUUUGCGUUCAUUCUGAAUCGGAGUAGUUGCUGCUGGGGUUUUUUUUAUGUUUGUUUCGAAUGAAUUUCUAUAAAUUUGGAAAUUAUUUAAUAUUUUGUCACUUCAUCUUAUUUAAUUUAUGACUCUUACAGAGAAUAGAAAAUAAAUAUCACUGUCAUAUCUUUGA